CACCGGAAGAAAGCUGACAACCACGCGAAGUUCUCUGUAGAGAAUCGCAGACGGCGUUGGAGCCUCCUGCUUCCGCGAGAUCAUGUUUCUCCAGUAUUACCUCAAUGAACAGGGGGAACGGGUCUAUACCCUGAAGAAGUUUGAUCCUCUGGGACAACAGACCUGCUCGGCCCAUCCUGCUCGGUUCUCCCCAGACGACAAAUACUCCCGACACCGAGUCACCAUCAAGAAACGUUUCAAGGUGCUGAUGACCCAGCAGCCGCGCCCUGUACUGUGAAGGUCCCUUGCAUUUCAUGUCUCUCCUGCCACCGGCGACCCCUCUGAGACUUUUGCGAAACCAAGCUUUUCCGUCUGUGAGCCUUGAAGCCUUCUUACCACCCUUGCUCUUUGGAAUCGGUGUCAUCAUUACCUUAGAAUU